CGAGAAGGAAGAUAGUCACUGUUGAAGUCUGUGAACAUAGUUAACCCUUGCUUGUCUUUUGUGCCAUGGUUCUGGGAUGGACAUUUUCUCACGUAUAUAUAUUACCAAUUAGACUCAAGGGAAGAGAACAGAAGAAUCGUGCACUUGUCCAUUGCGAUCAUGCAGAAUAUCCAGGGUUCCACCAGAAAACACGCCUACUCUGCCCAGGAUUCAGCUAAUUGUCCAGGAACGCUUCUCCUGGUUCAACAAGAGAACCGAGGAUGUCUCGAAACGAACUCCAGCUCUGGGUGUAUCAUAUUGAUACCGCAACCAGCCAACACAGUGAACGAUCCACUAAACUGGACCAAAAAAAAAAAGAUGUCGCAUUACACGGUACAUUUAGCAUGGUUGUUCCUGGCGAAUGCUAGCAUCGCGUGGACCUCGCCAGCAUGGCCGGUCUGGACUUCGGAACUUGAUACAAGCUACACAAUAUUGACUUACGGCCAAGCGUUGCUCGUUGUCAUGUGUGGUCUCGGGGUGCUAUUCAUCCAGCCAUGGGCGACCAAGUACGGUAGACGACUUCCUUAUAUCCUGGGCUUUAGCCUGAUUAUAUGUGGUCUCUUAUGUGGCCGGUUUAUGACCGACUCUCGCCUCUAUUUUGCAUACCAGAUUAUUGCUGGGUUUGGCUCUGCACCUGCCUAUUCGACCAUUAUUACGUCGCUAUUAGACGUUUCCUUUGUUCACCAACGCGGAACGGUUUUGGCACUAUUCGGACUUGUCCUAAUUGCGGGUAACUUUCUUCCUCCGAUUGCGGCCGGCUUUAUUGUGGAUUCUCAAGGCUGGGUGUGGUGUUUCAACUACCUUUUGGUCUUCUUUGGGAUCUCAUCGGCUAUUCUCCUGCUCAGUGGCGAAGAGACAAUGUUUGCAAGAGAUACUUUCAGAGCACAGAACCUUGAUGGUGUUGAGGGAGUACAGAACACUGAGAUCACUAGCGAACACAGUGUUAACGGUGGAAAGAAGAGAGACCUGGCUGACAUGAACAGAAAUCCUACCACUGCUCAAACUACGUACUGCGAGAAUGCACUGAUUGACAGUCACAGACUUCCCUAUCGGCAGAGGAUGGCUCUAUACCGGCACAAUCCUGAUGUCAAAGCAGGCUACUGGCGUUUGACCUUUUCCAUGUUUCAAGUCGCCAUCUUACCAGGAACUAUAUGGAUGAGUAUUAUGUUCAGCCUAGGCUCCUUCGUCGUGGGUGUCGUGCUUACAACCCUGGCAUCUUUUUUCUCCGUCCCGCCAUACAAUUUCAGCGCUACAAGUCUGGGCCUGCUAUACCUCCCAUUGCUAAUCGGAGCUGUGAUAGGCUCAUUAUGGGGCGGCCCCUGUACAGACUGGCUACUCUUGUAUCUCGCGAAACGAAACGGAGGCGUCUACGAACCUGAACAUCGGCUGUGGACAUAUCUCCUGGUCCCCAUUGUCGGCGCUGGUGGACUCCUGUUGUACGGUGUUGGCGCCGCCCAAGGCUUGCACUGGCUGAUUCCAUGUCUGGGUCUGGUCUUCAUUGGAAUAUAUCUCGAUGCUUCGACACCGAUUGCAAUGGGCUAUGGCCUCGAUAGCUACCCAGGCUUGGAAGAUGAAGCCAUUCAGCUCUCGAAUUUUCUACGGAAUGUGCUGGGUGGUGCGUUUACUUUUGGGCUACAGCCAUGGAUCAACCACAACGGGGCCCAGACUACGACUAUCACUAUAGCCGUGGUACUAUUUGCUCUAAAUGCUACUUCAGUGGGGUUCCAGUUUUGGGGGAAAUCUGUUAGGUCAUGGUCUGCUGGUCGAUACUUUACCAUUUGUGAUCGAGUGCAUUGA